GGGCUCACUUUGCGUGCCCCGAGACAACACCGCCCCCCCCGCCCCGUCCGCCUGCAGCGAUCCCGCAAUUAUUUCCGCCUCGCCGAGGGCCUUGCGGCGCAAUGCGAGCCGCCCGCGUGCGCCGGGCCGCGAGCCCGCAGCGGAGGGCCGGCGCACUUGGCGGUGCGUCUCGGCGCGGUCGCUAGCCAGUUAGCGUAGCACGGGUUUAGCGUCGCGACUCGGGUUCUUUUUUUGGGGGGGAGCGGUCCAGAUCAACGGCGACCUUCGGCGGGCAGGUUGUUGUGGUUUUGGGCUAUACAAAUAAAAUUGACAUCGACCAGAUAAGGAGCUGCCUGCCUUUAUGCUUGUGUGUGGAGGAUGUCUUCACCACUGUAUUAUCAUCAUGAAAGUGUCGGCCGCUUCAAGAAAAGAAAGGCCCGUUUCACCUUCAGCGAAGUCCAUAUACUGCUGGAUGAAGUGAGGAAAAACCGCUUUGUAGUUGUAGGGAAAUUCAAUCGGGGCGUACCAACAGACAUUAAGAAGCGCACAUGGGCUGAGAUAACUGCCCGUGUGAACGAGAUUGGCGAGUGCCAGCGGGAGGUCAUUGAGGUCAUCAAGAAGUGGUCCGACUUAAAGUGUGACACUAAGAGGAAAGUGGCCGCCAUGCGGGCGGGGACAGUUCCCAACAGGAGCCUAAGCUCGCGUCUGUCGCGAGACCUCACUCAUACGGAGAGAAUAGUGCACCAGAUUCUAGAGAUGGACGACAAGGGCGAUCGGGUCAGUGAUGAAUUUGGGCCACUGGGAGAUGAUGAUGGACAAGAGGAGGAAGAUGAAAUGGAAGAGGAGGACAUGAUGGGACUGCAGGGUUCCCCUAACGGUGGAAUGGACAUGUCUUCUAUGGCCCCUCCCGCCCCCUAUUCCAUGGGUGAUCCAGCCCUGCCCAGUGCCAAAGAGGAUCACACCAUACCAAACUACAGUGGCUCAUCUCGAGAAUCUUUGCAGCCCUCUCUGGAACUACAGUAUGAAAUACCAGCUCCAGGAGAUGCAGACGCUCCAUUUGUGGACUCCGACGACGACGAUCAAAGGGAAGAACUGUUUCCAACCAGUCGGACGGCAAAACUUCCUGGGGAUCAUCAUGGCGCCCUGAAACAGCACGGCAUCGGGCCCCCUCACCCCUCGUCCUUCUCUGCCAUCCCUCCGCCGUCGGGCCACCUGACGCAGAGCGCCAAGGACGGCAUGCUACAGAGCGCGGUGCUGAGUCUUCAGGAGCAGCACGCCACCAACAUGUUGCUGGAGACCGUGUCGCGCUCGCUGGAGCUUCUGUCCGAGUCGGUGCAGCAGCUGGCCGAGACUCAGCAAGAAUUUGUGCGCGAGUCGUUGCAGCUCCAGCGGGAGACGGUGCAGGUGCUGAGAGACUUCACCGGCGGGGCCAUCGCACUCAUGCACGACAAACUCAAUGGCCGGCCAGCAUUAUAGUAAGUCAGAUCUUCCGGACAGAGGAAGCAGUACAGGCUGUGUCAGUUGUUUUUCUGCUGACUUCACAUGCAUCCUUGUGGAGCGGGAUGUGUGAGUUCCUCAGGACUGAGCUCCAGUUUGGUUCUACCCUUUUUGUAAAAGCUCAUCUAUCGACGUCUCCUGUGGUUAUAGCGUGAAAGCUGCUUUUCAACGAAACAGCGUAUUCACAGAGUUGUGUAAUACCAGGUAAAAUGCAAAGUAGAGUGGACAAAGUUCUUCAGUGAACACUCGGAUUUAAUGCUAGACAGCUGUAAAAGAACGACCUGCUGAUGAAUUGUUUGCUACUGAAAUUUGAGAACCGUACCAGUUGUUAGUUCUCUUUUUUUUUAAAUUCAACUUGUAUAUGUUUGACCAGAGUUGAACCUUCAGCAGUUUUGUUUAUGUCUUUUUACAGGUUGUAUGAUCCCCUUGUGUGUUUUCAAUAUCACAUGUACUGUAAGCUGGUGUCCUACACUUGACCAUUAUAUGGUCUGUAGGUCGUCAAGCUGUAUACAUGGUCUGCUACGUCUAAAUGCAUCGGAAACCUCCUUUUAAUUAAUGAUCGUCGUUUGUUAGAUUUUAUUUUGUACAUUAAGAAUAUAAGCAUUUGGAUAAGAAAUUUUAAAUAUUUUCCCUAUUAUAUGAAAUAAAACUCCCA